CCACAGUGGGAGACCAGCUUGACUGUGACGCUGCUGGGACGUUCAACGGUGGGGAGGGGACUGUUGUUGCACCUAGGGCUGGAGCUCGAGAGAGCGCCGAGGCACAGGUGUGGAGAGUGAGGCGUCCUCACCCCACCCCAGGUGAGCCGCACGCUGCCCAGGAGGGCCCUGCCCCGCGCCGUGACUCCGGAGAUGCGCGCCCUAGUGGUGGACUGGCUGGUGCAGGUGCACGAGUACCUGGGCCUGGUGGGGGACACGCUUCACCUGGCUGUGCACCUGCUCGAUUCCUACCUGCGCGCGGGCCGAGUGCGCCUACGCCGCUUGCAGCUGCUGGGCGUGGCCUGUCUGUUUUUGGCCUGCAAGAUGGAAGAGUGCGUGCUUCCCGAGCCUGCCUCCCUCUGCCUCCUGAGCGCCGGCUCCUUCUCGAGAGCGGAGCUGCUCCGCGCGGAGCGCCGCAUCCUGAGCCGCCUGGACUUCCGGCUACACUACCCCGUCCCGUUGCUCAGCCUCGGACUGCAAUCUGCGCUGGCUGGGAGCCGCCCCCAGGUAGUGCUAUUGGCCACCUACUUCUUGGAGCUCUCCUUGCUGGAGGCGGAGGUCGCGGCUUGGGCUCCUGGUCUUCGAGCAGCUGCAGCGCUGAGCCUGGCACAUCGUGUGCUUGGCGGAGCGGGCUCCUGGCUGCAGCCGGCGCUUUACAGACCCUCUGAGCUGGACCCCCUGGAGCUGUGCAUGGUCGGUGCUGCGCUUCGAGGCCCCGAGCCGGGCCGCGCCGCAGUCUUCCUUAAGUAUGCGCGGCCCCAACGCCAGGGCAUCAGCCUCACUGCCGCCCGCCUGCUCCGCCACCCCCAGCCUGGGCCUCCCUGAACCCCGAGGGCUGCCCAGAAAACC